AUGUCUGAUAACAUACAAUCAGGUGUGGGUAAGAGAAGGGUAAAGCGAAAUUAUGCAACUAUUGAUGAUGAUAAUAACCAAAACUUUGAAUUAAAUGCAAAAGAUAAAGAGGUUACAUCUGAGAAAUCUGAAUCUAGUGGAGAAAAGGUUGGCAAUCUUAUUGAAAGGACAUCUUCUAACGGUGAACAAAAUAAAUAUCCAGAUACCAAAAAAUUCAAAGAGGAAACCAAAAAUACGGCUAACAGGGAUGAGUUAAAAAGAUUUCCCCGUUAUAAUUACUUUAGUAAAAGAGAAAAAAUUAAAUUAGAUAGAACUACUAAAGAGUUGGAACUUCUUGAAGCUGAUGCUGAAAAAUAUGGAUUAUCUAAUUUGACAAAAACUGAGCAAGAAUCUAUCAUCACUAAAAGGGAAAUCAUUAAUAUAUUGAAACAAAAGCUUGAGUCAAUUUCCAGCCAGAAUUCAUUUCAUUUAUAUGAUGCUUCUUCCACACAAUAUCAUAAUAAUGUACAUGAAAAAAAUGGAUAUCACAAAGAUAGUAAGAAGAGUAGACAGCGGCAGUGGGAAGAAAGGCAACUAUCAUAUGCAAUUAAUCACAAUGAACCAAAUAGUGAAGAUAUAAUAAUUCCUGGAACAAAGCAUUAUGAUUUUGUAUUUGAUGAAGAAGCUAUGAUAGAUUAUACAGAUGAUGCAACAGAUGUGAUUAAUGAAGAUGAAGUAGGAAAAAACGAUUAUGAUCAAAGAUUAUUAAAGGCUUUGCAGGAUGAAAAGGAAAAAGUGUUGACUAUAAGUGAAACAAGAAAAAAAUUACCUGUUUAUCAAUAUAGAGAAGAUUUAUUAAAAGCUAUUCAUGAUAACCAGAUUUUAAUAGUAGUUGGUGAAACUGGUUCUGGUAAGACCACCCAAUUACCACAAUAUUUAGUAGAAGAUGGAUUUUGCCAAAAUGGUAAAUUUCAAAUUGCAGUUACUCAACCCCGUAGAGUAGCAGCAACCUCUGUAGCAUCAAGAGUUGCAGAUGAAAUGAAUGUUAUCCUCGGACAAGAAGUAGGGUAUUCAAUUCGUUUUGAUGAAAAGACUACUCCAGAUAAGACAAUUCUUAAAUAUAUGACUGAUGGUAUGUUACUACGUGAAUUUUUGAUUGACCCUCAUCUCAGUAAAUAUUCGUGUAUAAUGAUUGAUGAAGCGCAUGAACGUACAUUAGCUACUGAUAUUCUUCUUGGGUUAUUAAAAGAUUUAACAACAAGAAGGAAAGAUCUUCGUAUUUUAAUAUCGUCAGCUACUAUGAACGCCACCAAAUUUUCUGAAUUUUUUUUCAAUUGCCCAAUUUUCAAUGUACCAGGUAGGAGAUUUCCAGUAGAUAUUCAUUAUACUUGUCAACCAGAAUCAAAUUAUUUAAAUGCCUGUAUUACUACAAUAUUUCAAAUCCAUACUACACAACCGCUGCCCGGUGAUAUAUUGGUAUUUUUAACGGGCCAAGAAGAAAUUGAAAAGGCUCAAGAAAAUAUUGAAAAUAUUGUUGACAAGUUAGGAAAUAAUAUUGAACCAAUUUUUGUAAGACCAAUUUAUGCAAAUUUGCCACAAGAACAGCAAGAAUUGAUAUUUCAAAAAACUCCGAAGAAUUGUCGAAAAGUUGUAUUAGCCACCAAUAUUGCAGAAACUUCUCUAACUAUCGAUGGUAUUAAGUUUGUCAUUGAUUCGGGAUAUGUAAAAGAAAAUUCAUUUAUUCCAUCUACUGGUAUGUCCCAAUUACUUACAGUACCUUGUUCAAGAGCCUCUGUAGAUCAAAGAGCUGGUCGUGCUGGUAGAGUGGGUCCAGGUAAAUGUUUUAGAAUAUUUACUAAAUGGUCAUAUUAUAAUGAAUUAGAGAUGAUGCCAAAGCCGGAAAUCGUACGUACUAAUCUUUCUCACACAGUACUAUUACUGCUUUCCCUAGGUGUUACAGAUUUGAUAAAUUUUCCAUUGUUGGACAAACCAACUAUCACUGCAUUAAAAAAAUCGUUGGAGCAAUUAUAUUCAUUGGGUGCAUUGAAUAGUAAAGGUUCCAUCACACAGUUAGGUCGUAUGAUGUGUGAUUUCCCCUGUGAGCCUCAAUAUAGUAAAGUAAUAAAUAGUGCAGCUACUCAUGAACAAUGUAAAGGUGCAUUAGAUGAAUGUGUCACAGUUGUAUCAAUGCUUCAUGAAACGACCUCAUUAUUUAUAGGAAAGAAAAAUAAUAAUCCGAACUCGGUUGCAGUAAAAGGUGAAUUGGAAAGUGAUCAUAUGAUGUAUUUAAAAAUAUACAAUGAAUGGGUGCAUAAUAAUUAUUCGAAAAUAUGGUGCCAUGAUCAUCAUUUCCAACACAAAACACUCUUGAGAGUCCGUAACAUUCGCCAACAGCUAAUGAAUACAUGUAAAAAGUUGGGUUUAGUGUCUAAAAACGAAAUUGCUCUUCGUGAAAGUGCAAACGAAAUCAUGAAUACUCUUGAAACAAGAGUUGCCAAGGCUUUCAUAUCAGGGUUCUCAAUGAACAUCGCAGAACUUGGUUCCAAUGGAAGUUACCACAUAGUUGGAGCAGUUUCUAGUAGCGGUGGAAUCGAUGUAGUUAUCCAUCCCUCCAGUGUAGUGUCUCGAAAUUUAAGAGAGAGCGGUAAAAAGCCAUAUAAGCAUAUCUUAUACCAACAAUUGAUGUACACAUCAAGAGAAUUUAUUAAAGAUUGUUUGCCAAUUAAUAAUGUGUCUUUAAUCAAGGAAAUGGCUCCUCAGUUAUAUAAACGGUUAAAUAAUGUUUAA